AUAGAGAGAGAGAGUAAAAGACAAAAUGGAAUCAAGUCAUGUAAUAGCGAUUACAAAUGGAGAAGAGAAUAUUGGAGAUAGGAAUAAGGAGAAUAAAACAUUCCAAUUUCGACUUCCACCCACUAUUUCCCAUCUUGGGAAAAAUGCAGUCCACUGUGUCUCCAUUACUUCCAAUCUGAGACAGAAGCAUAUGCAAAGUGAGCAUGACACGAGGAAGAAGAUCCACUGCAUCAAAGUGGGAAUCUCCUUGGCUUUGGUUUCACUUCUAUACCUCUUGAAUCCUCUCUUUGAUCAAGUUGGAGAAAAUGCAAUGUGGGCUAUCAUGACUGUUGUCGUCAUGUUUGAAUUCUCCGCAGGUGCAACACUAGGUAAGGGCCUCAAUCGAGGAUUAGGAACAAUUAUAGGAGGAGGACUUGGUUCCUUAGCAGCAUUUUUUGCCCAAAGCAUUGGAAUGGGCAGGGUUGGCAAUUCGAUCAUAAUCGGUGCUUCGGUAUUUAUAUUUGGAUCUGUUGCAACAUAUCUUCGACUGGUUCCAAGCAUAAAGAAAAGAUACGAUUACGGAGUGAUGAUAUUCAUUCUAACUUUUAACCUAGUUGUGGUUUCUGGCGUACGAGUUCACAUGAAAGUGUGGGAUAUAGCUCGCGAACGGCUCUUGAAUAUUCUGAUUGGGUUCAUUGUGUGUGUUUGUGUGAGUUUGUUCGUCUUUCCUUUGUGGGCCAGUGAUGAACUUCAUCAUUCCAUAGUCUCAAGAUUCCUCGACCUUGCUAAUACAAUUCAAGAUUGUUCAGGCGAAUGCACAAAAAACGUUAGUGAAAAAGAAAACCAACCUGGUACUAACUUGAACGUUUGCAAGUCGGUGUUGAACACCAAGUCAAAAGAUGAAUCAUUGGCAAAUUUCGCAAAAUGGGAACCCUGGCAUGGAAAAUUCGGAUUUUGCUACCCUUGGGGAAGGUACUUAAAGAUUGGUGAAAUGCUUCGAGAACUAGCUGCGUUUAUUCUUGCAGUGGGACGUUGCCUUGAAGCAUCAAAAGAGCCCAUGGCUUGUUUGAGAGAAUCGCAAUGGGUGCAAUUAGAAACAUGCGAAGCAAUUGAGUCGAGGGUUGCAUGCAUUGUGCGAGGACUUGGAGAAAGCAUGAAGCAAAUGAGGAAAUGUGAUGCAAAGGAAAGCAUGUUGGCACAGUUGAAAGCCGCGAGGACAGAUUUGAUGAUGCUAAUUUCCACGUCCAAAAUGGUAGAACUUGAGGAUGAACAAGUUGUUGCAAUUGGUAGCUUCGUCUUCUUGCUCAUGGAAGUGAUAGGGAAGGUAGAGGAAUUGGUGAAGGAGGUGGAGGACCUUGGUGAUGUCGUUGCUUUUAGCACCCCAACAACUCCAUUGUCUUCGUAGACACCACUAUGAUACUGUGUAUAAAGCACUUCCCAAUUUUGGGUCACACGUUAGAAAUAUGUGUUUUUUGGGGUCAUAAAAAAGACACAUGUUUUUAAUAACAAAUAUGUAUUUGAGUCUAUU